AUGCCUCAGAGUCAUUCAGAAAUCUUCAACCGAGGGGCUAACGUUGCAGGGCCAUCCUCAUUCACCCUGUUCCCCUCACUUCCAGCAGAGAUACGAGUUUCAAUAUGGACAUGGGCUCUCCGACACCAAAGAAUCAUCAAGAUAUUUCUCCGUUCGCACGCCGGAUUUUGCGGAAACCGUACUAGGAAUGGUAUUCACUUUCCUCCGCUAGAACCUGGGAGGGAUGAUCCUACGUACUAUCCAGUUGUCGACGGCCACCGACUCCUCAGCAAGCUUCUCAGAGUCAAUACAGAAUCCAGAGAGGCAGUGCUGUCUUUUCAUAGGGUUCACAUCCCCUGCUGGUUUGCGGACAGAGAAGACAAUUAUGGCCUCUGGACUUCUGGAACGACCUAUAUCAACCCUGAAUAUGACUUUCUUCAUAUACAGGAGGACACGAUGGCUACCGUGGAAUUUGUGUGCGAUUUAAAGAUAAAGCAUGAUCCACGUAACGUUGGUAUCAGAAAUCUUGCACUUUGUAGCAAUCAGCUGGGAGGACGUCCAUCCGGUCUCCAUGCAAUGAGGCCAGCCGAUAUUGAAUCCUCAAAGAUGAGGAUAUUCAGAGAAAUCAUCAGUGGUCUUGAUGAGGUUUGGUUGAUUUCUAUCCAGGAAUCCAUUCGGCAGCUGAUUGGUGGUGAAAAUGAAUGGCCAGCAGUCCGCAAGACGUUCUUCGAAAGGUCAGUUCCCAUUCACGCUACGCCACACAGCUUCGAGCGUAUUGGGCUUGAUCCUCGCACUGUCGAAGACGAUCUGAGCCACCUUCACGUCCGCAAUCCCAAGCGUUUAUAUGACUCAUGGCUGCAAGUUUUAGAAAGGAUAGAAGUAAAGCCAUGUGAAGAACGAUACCGUCUUUUACUUGCAUUCAAUCCUCGUCGAACGAUAUGUAACCUCAGGGACGCCGAGGAUUGGUUGCAAUGGGAAGGUAAUGGAUGGGUGGCAAAGCCUGGAAGUACAUGGCCUUCUCAGGAACCACAAAUAGAGAGAGUUGCUUCAGAACCCACAGAAUCUCGGGAUGAAGACAUAACCAAGGCUGUGAGGCCAGCCUUUGGCUUUUGGCUUUUCCCGGUCGAUGCAUUCUGUGAUGCGAAUAAAACCGGAGAGCCACAGGGUUAUAUCACAACGUUUGAUGUCAGGAAACAUCGGCCUGAGCUGGCGCUUCUCCUCCUAAAUGAAGGAGACACGGAUCGGAAUGUGUCGGCAGAGGUUGUGGCUCGUAAUAAUAUCAUCUUGGAGCCUCGGUUACUAAGAUUGUCGCAACGAAGGCGAGCACCAUUGUAUGACCCGGGCUUAGAAGUUCCUGUUCCGUGGACUGAUAUAAGAAACUCGAGUCAAGAGCAAUGA